AUUUUCUCGUGUUACGUGUAUGUGGUGAACGGAGCAUUGCGGAGACUGAGAAUUAUGUGGGCUGUUCGCUGUGUUGUGGCAUUCGGGCAAACAAGAUCGCGGCUUACAGGUGUCUGUCUGGACGGAAAAUUGAGCCUGCCCAAAGAUGUCCUCCUCCUCGUGACAUUCCUACGUUCAAGCCCCAAAAAUGAUGCUGUGCUCGAGUGGAGCCUCAAAAUCAACAAGGCCAAGGCAGAGUUCAAAGAUCAAAACGCAGCAGCUGUCUGCCUCCUCCCAUUGCUUGCAUCCGACUUUCAAGAAAACCUCGGAGAGCUGUUCCAGUUACAUCAGGUGACAACAGAAAUCACAGAGGAGUUUCGUAACAGUCUGCCUGCUUCUUCUGUAAUUGUUGCACUGGGCCGCUCACUUUUCGAAUGCAGCUGCCAGCUGUUUGUGGACCAUGAGGUGAUGGUGGAAGAUCUGGGCUUUCUGCAAGCUGUGGAGCUCCUUUUCGCCCUUUAUUAUUGUUUAAACAUCCAGUAUGCCAAAGGUGCGGGAACCACACUUGAGUUCAUUCAGAGAUACCAAGUUGGUAUCAAACAACAUGAUGGGUCACGACAGGAGGCCGGGAGGUCGAAAGGAGCUCGGGCAAGAGCAAUCAAAGCCGCCACAGAUCUUGCUGCUUUUGAGAAAAAAUGGAACAGUGUGAGUACAUAUUUGAUUUGGCAUGUGUACGAUGUGGUAUCAAAAGGUUUCCAGUCUUGUUUUGUAUUAAAAAGAAAAGCAAAUAGCGGCACGACACUGCAUUCACAGGGGUCGAGGGCAGCAACCUUGAUCUGUCAUGGUGCUGAGUGGCUCAAUGUGGCAAUGCACAGCUCAUCUGAUGAUCGAUCGGAUGCCAUGAAGGUUUCUUUAUAAUUAUGUUCUUUUACGGUUUACAAUAUAGUUCUUCAAUUUCAAAACUGC